GUUGUUUGUGAAACCGCCUGAGAUCAACCUCGGAAUAUAAAGUAGGGCAUUUUGCACUUUAUAUUUAGGUAUCGUAACAAAACAAGUGACGGUUUAGAGUUCAUUCAGGGUAUUAUCACAGUCGCAAAUUAUAUUUCAGACAGCAGCACAACAGCAGCUGACGUUACGUGGUAUGAUUUUUUGCACAAGAGAGGACUAACCUGUGCUGCAUUCUCCUCACCUGUCAUGUUAACUAACCAUUUCAGAUAAAAUCUGAACGAUUCCACCUUAUUUUGUCUUUGACGAAUUUGUAUGAAGAGUCUGUUUUUGCCGUUGUCAGUUGCCAACUUCUUUGUUCCCAAACGUGAAGGUCAAGGUUCACCUGUGAAAUUGAUACACUCACUUUAAGGUAAUGGCUGAACCCAGAAUAUCUUCCAUUGAUGGAAAGUUAGCUGAAGAAUUUGCUGUUCCCUCCCAUGUCGAGGAGGUAAAAGAGAAGAUGUCUGCUUUUGCCGCACAUCAUGCGGCAGCGGGUCGCAGGGUGGUUCUCAUUACAUCAGGAGGCACUAAAGUUCCCCUGGAGUCACGCACUGUUCGCUUCCUUGACAACUUCAGCAGUGGCAGACGAGGAGCCUCCUCAGCAGAGUAUUUCUUAGACUCUGGCUACGCCGUCAUCUUCCUGCACAGGCAUCGCUCCCUCUACCCUUACACUCGUACGUUCUCAACCAUCAACGUGCUGGAUGCUUUGCAGUUUAGAUGUGGAGAGGAUGCAUCUGAUACCUCUGGUGAAGUUGUGGUUAACCAGCAGGUGCUUCCGAACAUCACCAAAGUGCUGAAGAGAUACCAGGAAGUGAGAGACAGCAGACUUCUCCUGCCCAUUGAGUUCAGCACACUGUCAGAGUAUCUGCAUCUUCUCAAAGCAGCAGCACAGGCACUCAGUACAAUAGGAUCCAAGGCCAUGUUUUACCUGGCUGCAGCUGUGUCCGAUUUCUAUAUCCCAGCAUCUGAGAUGCCUGAACACAAAAUCCAAUCUUCCAAUGGUCCUCUUCAACUCAGCUUGAACAUGGUCCCAAAGAUACUGUCUCCACUGGUGAAGGACUGGGCACCCCAGGCAUUUGUCAUAUCUUUUAAACUGGAGACUGAUGCAAACAUCCUGCUGGACAAGGCUCGACGGGCUCUUGACACCUACAGGCACCAGGUGGUGGUGGCCAAUGUACUGGACUCUAGACGGGGUUAUGUGGUGGUUGUGACCCCUUUAACUCAGGCUGAGCUGAUCCUCACAGAGGAGGAUGUAAAGAAUGAGGUGGAGAUAGAGGAGAGGAUAGUGAGCAACCUGACAUCAGCACACAACAAGUUCAUAACUCAACAAGCGGGUUGACAGUCACCACACGCACAUCUGAGUCCGUGACACAGCUUUACGUUGUCUGUACUCUUCCCUGAUCUUGAGCUUAAGUUUGGCUUAAAUUCAUACUUGCCUGUUCUACUGACAAAGUUACUGUAUGUUCAGCAUGUUGUCCAGUUGCACAACCUUAGUAAUAAGUGUAAC